UUAUGGCUCUUAAAUCACCCAAAUUUUGCUUACAAAAUGCACGCAUUCCGUUCUUGUCCAUCUCCAUCCAAAUUCAAAGGAUCUUUGCUUCCUAAAACCAAUCCAUCAAAAUACAGAGUAUAAAAACAGAGGAAAAGCAGACACCCUUUACACUUCUCUCUUCGUGUAAAGCAAUGGCUCUUUCAAUUAUCUUCUCUCCUUUACUUCUUUCAUUCUUUCUUUUCUUCUCUCUUUUGCAGCCAUUAACUUUUGCCACACAAAAGUCUUAUGUAGUUUAUUUGGGAUCACAUUCACAUGGCUUGGAGCCUACUCAGUCCGAUAUCGAGCGUGUCACAGAUUCUCAUUAUGAGUUGCUGGGAUCAUUCACUGAAGGUAAAGAGAAGGCGAAGGAGAAAAUAUUUUACUCUUACACUAACAACAUAAAUGGCUUCGCUGCAGUCCUAGAAGAGGAAGAGGCAUCAUCUCUUGCCAAACACCCAGAUGUGGUGUCAGUUUUCUUGAACAAAGGAAAGAAACUUCAUACGACACGGUCAUGGAACUUUCUUGGAUUAGAGGCAGAUGGUAUGGUUCCUCCAUACUCACUUUGGAAGAAAGCAAGAUACGGCGAAGAUGUAAUCAUUGGUAACCUCGACACCGGUGUUUGGCCGGAAUCGAAGAGCUUUAGUGAUGAAGGAAUGGGUCCAGUUCCAUCAAAGUGGAGAGGAAUCUGUCAGCAUGACAACAAAGAUGGUGUUGUUUGCAACAGGAAGCUGAUUGGAACCAGGUACUUUAACAAGGGUUAUGCUGCAUAUGCUGGCCAUCUCAACUCAAGCUUUCAAACUGCCCGUGACAGUGAGGGCCAUGGAACUCAUACCCUAUCAACAGCAGCAGGUAAUUUUGUUCCAGGAGCUGAUGUCCUGGGUUAUGGCAAUGGAACUGCCAAAGGAGGAUCGCCUCACGCCCGUGCAGCAGCUUACAAGGUGUGCUGGCCACCUAUAAAUGGGAGUAACGAGUGCUUUGAUGCAGACAUCUUGGCUGCCUUCGAUGUUGCCAUAAGUGAUGGUGUUGACGUGCUCUCAGUUUCCCUGGGUGGGGAUCCUGCUGAGUUUUCGGAUGAUGCAAUUGCAAUCGGUUCUUUCCAUGCUGUUGCAAAAGGCAUUACUGUCGUUGCCUCUGCUGGCAAUUCAGGACCGAGCCCAGGAACAGUAUCGAAUGUGGCACCUUGGUUGAUAACAGUUGGUGCUAGCACAAUGGAUCGUGCCUUCACAAUCUAUGUUGCACUUGGCAACAGGAAGCACCUCAAGGGAGCAAGUCUUUCAGAAAAAAGAUUGCCUGCUGAAAAAUUCUACCCAUUGAUCAGUGCUGCAGAUGCAAAGGCCGCUGAUCAGUCUGAAGAAGAUGCCCUGCUUUGCAAACCUGGAGCACUUGAUCCCAAAAAGGUUAAAGGGAAGAUAUUGGUAUGCCUUCGAGGGGAAAAUGGAAGAGUAGACAAGGGACAUCAGGCUCUUCUUGCUGGGGCUGUUGGGAUGAUUUUGGCUAAUGAUGAAAAUUCUGGCAACGAAAUUAUUGCCGAUACUCAUGUGCUUCCUGCUGCACACGUCAACUUUACAGAUGGUGAAGCUGUCUUUUCCUAUCUCAACUUUACCAAGGAACCUAUGGCAUUUUUAACCAAUGUAAGGACAGAAUUGGCAACAAAGCCAGCUCCAUUUAUGGCUUCUUUCUCAUCUAGGGGGCCUAAUAUUAUUGAAGAAUCAAUCCUGAAGCCUGAUAUCACUGCUCCUGGUGUUAGUGUGAUUGCUGCUUUCACUCAAGCAAUAGGACCAAGUGAUGCAGAAUACGAUAAGCGUAGGACUCCCUACAACACUCAGUCUGGCACUUCAAUGUCAUGCCCUCAUGUUUCUGGUAUUGUUGGCCUUCUUAAAACACUCCACCCAGAGUGGAGUCCUGCUGCUAUCAGAUCGGCAAUAAUGACAACUGCAACAACAAGAGAUAACAAUGGGGAGCCAAUAAUGGACUCAACCAACACCAAGGCAACUCCAUUUGCAGAUGGUGCAGGGCAUGUGCAGCCGAACCAUGCCGCCGAUCCUGGUCUAAUUUAUGAUCUGACUGUUAAUGACUUCUUGAACUUCUUAUGCAACCGUGGCAAUACCAAGAAGAACAUCAAAUUAUUCUCAGAUAAACCGUACACUUGUCCAAAAUCAUUCAGCCUGGCAGACUUCAACUAUCCUUCGAUCACAGUUACUAAUCUCAAUGACUCCAUAACAGUCACUCGAAGAGUUAAAAAUGUUGGAUCUCCUGGCACAUACAAUAUCCAUAUCAGGGCACCACCAGGAGUGACAGUCUCUGUUGCGCCUUCCAUCUUGAGAUUCCAGAAAAUAGGUGAAGAGAAGAUGUUUAAGGUUACAUUCAAACUAGCACCAAAAGCCGUGCUUACAGAUUAUGUAUUUGGGAUGUUGACAUGGGGAGAUGGUAAGCACUUUGUCAGGAGUCCUCUGGUGGUGAGGCAUUACUAGAGUCAUUGAAAUAGUGGGUGAAUUUUGCUCACAGCCCCUCAUCAUUCUGUGUAGAAAUCUGAUAGAUCAAUUUGUUCGAAAAUGAUGCUUAUUUUUUCACUAAAAGAAAAAAUGUCUCAAUGAAAUGACAUUUCUACUGCUAAAUAAGAAGAGAUUAUACUGGAAAGAUUUUUCACUCA